UAAGCUGUAUCCUGGUCUCUUUUCGCCCCACCCUUUAGCACAGUGAAACGUCUCUGGUGGUACGCAGAAUCAACCGGUUCCCUUUUCUACUUAUCUCGCCGCCCCCGCUGCCCUGCUGUGUCCCGCCCCAGGCUAUUAUAUGCACGCACUGCGCAGUCUACAACUAUCUUCGAUCGCAUCGCUAAAGCCUGUUUCUCUCCGUGCAGACUUCCCUCAAGCCAGCCGUGCCUUUUCCUCCACAAUGUCUAUAUACACAAACCCAGCAACAAACCCUAAGGUUCAGGAGUGGCCUGCCUCCAAGGUCAGAGACACGUUCUUGGACUUUUUCAAGCAAAAACAGCACACGUUUGUCCCAUCGUCCUCGGUCAUCCCGCACGAUGACCCAACCUUACUUUUUGCCAACGCAGGUAUGAACCAGUACAAGCCUAUCUUUUUGGGAACCGUCGAUCCUUCCUCUUCCUUUUCUACGUUGAAGAGAGCAGUGAACUCCCAGAAAUGUAUCCGUGCCGGGGGUAAGCACAACGAUUUGGAAGAUGUUGGUAGAGACUCCUACCACCAUACCUUCUUCGAAAUGUUGGGGAACUGGUCUUUCGGCGAUUACUUCAAAAAGGAGGCUAUCCAAUACUCCUGGGAACUUUUGACCAAGGUUUAUGGCAUUCCAGCAGACAGACUUUAUGUUACCUAUUUCGAAGGUGACGAGAAAGCAGGUCUCGAACCAGAUAUUGAAGCAAAGGAAUUAUGGUCUGCCAUCGGUGUCCCUGAUGACCACAUCUUACCAGGUAACGCCAAAGACAACUUCUGGGAAAUGGGUGACCAAGGUCCAUGUGGUCCAUGCUCUGAAAUCCACUACGACAGAAUCGGUGGCAGAAACGCCGCUUCUUUAGUCAAUGAAGAUGAUCCUGAUGUUCUUGAAAUCUGGAACAACGUCUUUAUUCAGUUCAACAGAGAACCGGAUGGAUCGUUGAAGCCUUUGCCUGCAAAGCACAUCGAUACCGGUUUGGGUUUCGAGAGAUUGGUCUCUCUUUUACAAGAUGUUAGAUCCAACUACGACACAGAUGUCUUUGAGCCUCUAUUUCUGAAAAUCCAGGAAAUCACCGGUGUCAGACCUUACUCCGGUAAAUUCGGUAAGGACGACGUCGAUGGUAUUGAUACUGCAUACCGUGUUCUAGCAGAUCACGUCCGUACCUUGACAUUUGCUUUGGCAGAUGGCGGUGUCCCAAAUAACGAAGGAAGGGGCUACGUCUUGAGAAGAAUCUUAAGAAGAGGUGCAAGAUACACUAGAAAAUACAUGAACUACCCAAUCGGCACCUUUUUCUCCCAAUUAGCCCCAACCUUGAUCGAACAAGAUAAACACAUCUUCCCUGAAUUGGCUAAGGAUCCAUCCUCCAUCUUCGAAAUCUUGGAUGAGGAAGAAGCCUCUUUUGCUCGUACUUUAGACAGAGGUGAAAAAUUAUUUGAGCAGUAUGCAUUGAUCGCUUCCAAGACCCCCGAACAAACCCUUUCAGGUAAAGACGUUUGGAGACUUUAUGAUACAUAUGGUUUCCCUGUCGAUCUUACUCGUUUGAUGGCAGAAGAAGCCGGGUUAAAGAUUGAUGAAGAAGGUUUCGAAAAGGCAAGACUCGCCUCCAAGGAAGCUUCCAAAGGAGGGGCAAGCAAGUCGGCCAAGGCUCUCUUGAAGCUUGAUGUUCACGCAUUGGCCUUAUUGGGCGAGCAAAAGGUUCCAACAACAGACGAUUCAGCUAAAUAUGAUACAAAAGAUAUUAAUUCUCAAGUCUUGGCUAUUUACACUGAUGGCGGAUUUGUUGAUUCAGUCACCGCUGACUCAUUCAAAGAUAAGCAAAUUGGAAUUUUGUUGGACAAGACCCCAUUCUAUGCUGAACAAGGUGGCCAGGAAUACGAUACAGGUAGAAUCGUCAUUGAUGGUAAAUCUGAGUUCCAUGUCGAAAAUGUCCAAGUUUACGCAGGUUAUGUUUUACAUACUGGUUUCAUUGAUGAAGGUGAAUUGAAAGUCAACGACAUCGUUAUUUCAGGUUAUGACGAACUUAGAAGAUGGCCCUUACGGAACAACCACACGGGUACUCACAUUUUGAAUUUUGCCCUUCGUGAUGUCAUUGGUGACGGUGUUGAACAAAAGGGUUCUUUGGUUGCGUCUGAAAAACUUCGUUUCGAUUUCUCUCAUAAGAAGUCCGUCGAGCUAAAGGAACUAGACCAAGUGGAACAAAUUGUCAACCAGAUUAUUAAGGAGAACCUGAAGGUUUAUGCAAAGCCUGUUGCUCUGGAAACUGCCAAGAGCAUCAACGGUUUACGUGCUGUUUUUGGUGAAUCUUAUCCUGACCCUGUGCGUGUUGUCUCUGUCGGCAUUCCAGUUGAAGAUCUUCUUGCUGAUCCAUCCAACGAAAAAUGGAAAAAAUACUCCAUUGAAUUCUGUGGUGGUACUCACGUCGCAAAGACCGAUGAUAUUAAAGAAUUCGUCAUCAUUGAAGAAUCAGGUAUUGCAAAGGGUAUCCGUCGUAUUGUUGCUGUGUCAGGCUCUGAAGCUCGUGAGGUGCAGAGAAAGGCUGCAGAAUUUUCCAAGAUUUUGGACGAUGUCAGCAAGCUGCCAUAUGGUGAGACCAAGGAGCGUAGAGUUAAAGAUCUUGGUACAGAAUUGGGUAAAUUGUCAAUAAGUGUGGUCGAAAAAGCCGCAUUAAAGGCUAAAUUUACUGCAAUCGAAAAGAGCGUUAAAGAUGAAACCAAACUUCGUGUCAAGCAAGAUACAACUAAAGUCAUGGAUGCUGUCAAAUCAUUUUUUGCUGCACCAGACCAUAAGUCAGUUUGUGCAGUACAUGUUUCUGCUGGCCCUAACGCUAAGAUCAUCUCUGAAGCAAUUAACUAUAUGAAGAAAGAACAGAAAGAUAGCUGUCUUUAUAUUGUUCUUGCUGAGGUUGAAGGUAAAGCGGCACAAGGUGUCUAUUUGAGCCCUGCAGUCCAAGAAAAGUUACCAGCUGUAGAAGUUGCCACCAAGGGUGCAGCUUUCAUCGGUGGUAGAGCAGGUGGUAAAGGUAACACCUGUCAAGGUAUGGGCGAUAAAGCUGAAGGUGCAGAUGCUGCUGUUGAAGAGGUCAAAACUUUGCUAGAAAAGUUGGCUAUCUAAUUGUUUACUUUCAGUUUUACUUUUAUACAAUCUAUAUAUCAUUUUCUCAAUGACUUAAUUCACAUAUGAUAAAACCUAAAAAUUACAAUUACGUAACACCUUAUG